AUGCAACAACCAAGGAAACCCCAACUUGAGGCAUCGUACCGUGUCCUACGUUACUUGAAGAAAGCACCAUGCCAAGGUGUCUUAUUCCCAUCGCAUGGUAAGCUGCAAUUGAAAGGAUACUGUGACACUGACUGGGCAAGUUGCCCAACAACCAGACGAUCUGUUACUGGAUUUUGCAUCUUCCUUGGAGGAGCACCCAUAUCUUGGAAAAGCAAGAAACAAUCAAUCUUGUCACGCUCCUCAGCAGAAUCAGAAUAUAGAUCCAUGGCAUCUCUUACCUGUGAAUUAGUGUGGCUCAAAUACCUUUUGCAAGACUUGCAGGUAACACACUUGCAACCAGCCCUCUUAUAUUGCAACAACCAGGCUGCUCUACACAUUGAGGCCAACCCCGUGUUCCAUGAAGGCACGAAACACAUUGAAAUUGACUGCCACACUGUGCGUGAGAGAAUACAAUCAGGUUUAAUCAAGACAACUCAUGUUUCUUCAUCUCAACGGAUAGCCGAUAUAUUCACUAAGCAUGGCAGCGCAUUAUUUCAUGCUCUCCUUCACAAGCUAGGAACUUUGGACAUCCACGUUCCAGCUUGA